AUGACAUACACAAACCGAGAAAUGGUUACAACUGUAAGCAUAGAUCUUAAAAUUUAGGCCUCAUGCAUGAUAUGUCCUUUCUCAUGAAUGGAUGUAUGCCAACCUCAAUUGGUAGGCAAACUGUUUCAAAGGCUUAUACUGCACAGCUUUCAUUGAUACUCAAAGAGACUUACAGGCAAAGGAACCAUCUCUUCUCAUUUGUAUUGUGUCUUCUCCUCCAUUUUCUCUCAUAUCCUAGAAGAGGUCUGUUGGAUUGGAACUGUACAGCUUUCACCAUGGCAACCAAAAUGAAAGGGAUCUAUAAAGGAUUCAAAUACAUCUCCCAAAUCUUUGUUGUGAAGGAGCAGGAGAUGGAUAUUGGCUACCCAACAGAUGUUAAGCAUGUAACUCACAUUGGUUGGGAUGGCUCAUCUAGCUGUGCACCUAGUUGGAUGAGCAAAUUCAAGGCAGGGCCAGAUUUUUCAAUCAACUCCAUUCCUAAUUCUGGUUCUGCUCUCUCUCCAUGGUCCUCUCAAGAUUCUGGAGAAUCCACGCGAGAACAACCUGCAUCUGACAUAUACAAAGACAUGAGACCGACAAAUCUUCCCCCUAUUCCAAAGAAAAAUAAGCGGAAGAAAACCAAAGCAACAUCUUCACCUAAGUCAUCCCAUUCCUCCUUGAGGUCUUCACAAGCAGCAAAGUUGAAGGUCAAACUGGUUGAAGGAAAUGCCCAACCUGCAAACAUAGAAGUUGCAUAAGAUCAUGAACUUGGCUGAAAAGCACCAUAAAUUUUUGUAGUGCAUGUGAAGUGUACGAAAAGUCCCCUUUCUGUGCUCGGGAUGUUCUUUGACAAGAGCUUGGAAGAGAAUUCAGGAGGUGAAUGAAACUUGUAAAUUUAGAAGAGGCAUUUCAAGAGAGAAACUGGCAUAACCACGAGAACAGAACGAGUAAUUGUGUGGGACGGGAAAUAUGAGGCGAAAGAUAUAUUUGAGGUUCAACUAUGACAAUGAUUUGAUAGGAUGACAGUUUUUUUUUUUCUUUUUUUUCUUUUUGAUUUACAGCAAGACUGAAGGUGUAAAGAGUUGAAUUGUUUAGCUGUGUUGCUGGGAAAUUGAGAUAUUGCAAAUACUUGACUUGAACAGAUAGCAAGGGAUAUGCUUCUGUCAUUGGUUAUAUGAGCAACUGUAACUUUAAUGUUUGCAGAUAUAAAGCCUGAAAACAACUUUUUGUUGUUG